GGCUUCCGUCCUGCCAUUGAGGCUUCCGUCCUGCGGCGUCGUGAGGGAAGCGGAGCCGGUGGUUCGGGGCAGUUCUCUGCAGAGAUGGUGUCGCUGCUGCCACGCAUCGAGCGGCUCUCGUCGCGGGUGGUGCGGGUGCUGGGCUGCAACCCGGGGCCCAUGACCCUGCAGGGCACCAACACCUACCUGGUGGGCUCCGGGCACAGAAGAGUCCUUAUUGACACUGGAGAGCCAGCUAUUCCUGAAUAUAUCAGCUGUUUAAAGCAAGCACUGUCAGAGUUCAACAUCUCCAUUCAAGAAAUUUUAGUGACGCACUGGCAUCGUGAUCAUACUGGUGGAAUACCUGAUAUCUGCAAAGACAUUCCAAGUGACUCGGAAUACCGCAUAAGUAAGCUCCCUCGUGUCCCUCACUGUGAAGAAACAAUAGAAGGAGGACAUAAAUAUUUUUAUCUUAAAGAUGGAGAUGUGGUAGAGACAGAGGGAGCCACACUCAGAGUUUUAUACACACCAGGACACACUGAUGAUCAUAUGAUUUUGCAUCUAGAAGAAGAAAAUGCUGUAUUUUCGGGUGACUGUAUUUUAGGGGAAGGAACAACAGUAAUAGAAGAUCUGUCUGAUUACAUGAAGACUUUGAAAAAGUUGUUAGAAAUGAAACCAGAUUUGAUUUAUCCAGGUCAUGGCCCAGUAGUACGUGAUGCAAAUACUAGAAUCCAAAACUACAUUUCUCAUCGCCUUGCACGUGAACAGCAAAUUCUGAGUGUUUUCCAGAAGAACACUGGGAAAUCAUUUACGUCCUCAGAGCUUGUAAAGAUGGUAUACAAGGAAAUCCCUGAGAAUUUACUUCCAGCAGCAGAACAUAACCUCCUAGUCCACUUGAAAAAGCUGGAAAAAGAAGGAAAAUACGUGAUGAAACUCCCAGCUUCAGAUGGAAAAACAAUUUAUAAGUUAGGCAAGAUUGUCCAGGAAUAUAUUUGGUUGAAAAAUACUGUACAGUGUAUUAAAAUAUGUUUAGAGAUUAAUUUAAACUGCAAGUUCACUUCUCUGUGGACCUUCCACUUGCAGAAUAGUACAUAAAUAUUUGCAUUACUUUGUCUAUUCAAAGUGUGUGACAUUUGAUGAUAUAUACAUUUCUCAUAGUAUUACUCAGCCUUAAAAAACAAAAGCAGAUCUGAGAUGUUUGAAAAUACCAAGGACAAAUA